AUGCCCGGGGCCAAGAAAUCAUGCCGCCGCCACCCGCUGCCUGCCCUCUUCCUCGUGCUGCUCUUCACUUCGGAUCCGCGGGUCGAGGGCAACAGCGCCGCCGCCGCCUCCCGGGGCAGGAGCCGGAGCAGGGAGCACCUCGACCCGCCGGCUGGGGACCGGAGGACGGCGCUGCUCGAACUUUUGCUCAGAGUCCUGCGGGACAGCAGCAGCAGCAGCAGCAACAGCCUGCACCGCCACUCCGCGCCUCUACACCCCGUUGUGGGCGCAGAGAGGGUCUUCGCGAGGCGCUACACCACCGGCGCCCUGUCCCGCUCGACGUCUGCCGGGGCUCAAGGGACCAGGGGAGCGUCCUCCUCCAGGGAGCGAGUUGCUGCUGUGCAAGCAGCCCCCAGACACUUCGCCUCUUCCAGACAUAGCGAAGCUGUUCCAAGAGAUUCUGAUAUAAAAGACAAGUUCAUACAACAUUUUACAGAACUAUUUUCAAAAGAUCCUGCUUUAAGAGAUAAGAUCAUCCAGCUCUUUACAGGUCCAGUCACAGUUUCAUCUGAAUGUAGUACGCUUUUCUACCGGUUGUAUCACAAUACACGAGACUGCUCAACACCAGCCUACAUUCCUGCUAAGACAGAACUCUGGUUUGCCGGGAAAGUGCCUUGAAAUCUGUACCAAGAAAAUAGAGAAGACAUCUUGUCCUUUUUUUAAUUACAGCAUUGAUUUGUUACUAGAUGCAUUUAUUUUCAUAUAUGCUGGACAUUCCAUAUUUGUGUGAAUGGAACAUAUUUUAUUUGAAUUUUAAAAUUUGUUGCCUAUAGCUCAAAUAAGCCAAUUUAUUUAAAUAUGUUGUAUAUAAAGACUACUAAUAAUAUGCAAAUUAAAUAUUAUAAUUAUGUGCAGGGAAUUCGUUAGUGUUUGCUGUUCUCUUGUUUCAUUGUAUGUUCACCAUUUUGCUCAGGCUCCUACUUUCAUUAUUUGCACUAACUUGAAAUGCAGAGGUCUCUGUAACUGAAAUCUGAAUAAGCUCUAAGUGGGAAGUUUUACUUUCAGUGAAAAAUAUUUUAUAUUAUGAAGCUUUGGUAAUAUAUAUAUGCCUACACAGUAUAUAUAUUAUUGCACAUCAGAAGAAAAUGUUCAGAAAUGCACAUUGCUUUGGGGAACAUUUGUAAAGCAGUUCUGGAUUAUCAGCAGUUAUGUUUGUACUGGCACUUAUAAUGUAAAAUAAUGUAAGCAUAAAAGACUGGAAGACUGCAAUGC